AAAGCACAAGGGGAUAUUUACUGCUAAAACGGUUGUCUGCCUUCCCAGUGAUCCGAAUUAAUCACUCAAGGUCAUGAUGCACACUGUUCUACAACAUGAGGCAAAUGAAGAAGAAACUAGGGAGCCAACAGUCGCAGCUAUAUAAGCACACCUUUCCAAAUGUAAAUGCUGAAAACGUGAUGAACACAAUUUUCCCUCAACUAAACUUAUAUUCCGAUUAUUUACAGGAUACUACCUGUGGACCUCACUUGACGGAUUUGCAGUCGCAUAGUACUAUAAAUUCAAAAUACAAAAUUCUCCCAAUUAUACGACUGAUUUGUUUCUGCAAACUAAAUGAAUUUUGGCAGUAUAGGAUACAGAUAACGACAAUCAGUUGCAGUCUUUUCGUUCUGAAUUGAGUGGUAGUGACAGUCAGUGCUUAAUAUGAGCUGAGAGGGCUGGAAGAACGCUGAUGAGCGAACCCAGUAAGUUCUGAUCUACUCUCGAAAAUGCCUAGAAAAGUAACAGGAUGCUGAAUUAGUGCCAGUUAUGAUGAAAACCAGCACUGAGUGGGUUCUAGUCUGUGCGCUCAAAGAAAC